AAUGGUAAAAUAUCUGAGCAGCAUAGUGUCUAGUUUAAUUAUCACUGAAAUACAAGAGAAGAGUUUUGUUACCAUAAUACCCUGACACUUUGUGCAUAUAAGAAAUUGCACGUUUCAUAUAUUUUUAUCUCAAACAAAUUCUAUAGUUCUUUAAAAUUAUUUGUAUGUUUUAAUUUCGAAAUAUAUACAAAAUAUAAAAUAAAAGUAAGAGGGCAUUAUAACUUUUCUUGUAAUUAGGCUUAGCAUAGUUAAUAUUAAUACGAAAAGCUUUAACUUCUCAAUUAAAGAUUACAAAUUUCUGGCAGUGAAUUUCAGCGAGAAACAAAAGUCUUAGUUAAUAAGUUAACAGCUGUUUAAUUGCUUUCUUGUACUAGAAACAAAAAAAAAUGAGUGAUGUAUUGGAUAUUUUGGACAUUGAGCGACCACAGACUCCUGAACAUAAUGCUAAGGAAAGUAUCUUUGGAAGUGAAAAAAAGAAGAAGAAGAAGAUUUUAGAGCCAACAUUUAAGAAACCAGAAGGAAUGCAUAGGGAGCUGUAUGCACUUUUAUACUAUGACAAUAAGGACCCUCCACCUUUGCUGCCAUCAGACACUGGACAAGGAUACAAGCAAGUUAAAGCUAAGCUUGGUCUGAAAAAGGUUCGUCCAUGGAGGUGGUUGUCAUUUUCUAACUCAGCUAGAAAGGAUGGUGCACUUUUUUGUCAUUGGAGAAGAGUAGCUGAUGAAGGAAAAGAUUAUCCAUUUGCUAAAUUUAACAAGACAGUCCAGGUGCCUUCCUACUCUGAUGCUGAGUAUCAACAACAUUUAAUGAUUGACAGCUGGGCAAGGCAAGAGACUGAUCAUUUGUUUGACCUUUGUCGAAGAUUUGAUCUUAGAUUUAUUGUGGUUCAUGACCGUUGGGAUAAAAUACGCUAUCCGAAUCGUAGUGUAGAAGAUCUUAAAGAACGAUAUUACAAUAUCUGUAAUAUAUUAUCUAAGGUACGAGCUCAGCCAGGACAGGAACCAAAGUUGAGAGGAUUUGAUGCUGAUCAUGAGAGAAGACGGAAAGAGCAGCUUAAGAAACUGUUUGAUAGAACUCCAGAACAGGUGGAAGAAGAACAAACGUUAAUAAAUGAACUAAGAAAGAUAGAAAUGAGGAAGAGGGAGAGAGAAAAGAAAACGCAAGACCUUCAGAAGUUAAUCACAGCAGCAGAUAACAAUGCUGAAGCUAGAAAGACAGAAAGAAGAGGACCUCGUAAAAAACUGUUGCCACAGAAAAGUUCAAAGGCUGAUGGUGAGCCACUUGAAACUGGUAUCAAGUUUCCAGAUUUUAAGGCUAGUGGUGCCACAUUGAGAAGCCAAAGGAUGAAAUUACCUUCCUCAGUUGGUCAGAAGAAAGCUAAAGCUAUAGAACAACUUCUACAAGAAUUAGGUAUAGAUUUAAAUCCAAUGCCCACAGAAGACAUCUGUACCCACUUCAGUUGCAAGUGCCAACUUCAGUUCAUAAAGAAGAACCAUAUCACUUCUGAGCUCAUUGUCUGGCUGCUUGAGACCUUAAGUAUUCCAAGUACAGUGACUGGUAGCAGUUUACCCCAAGCAGGAGAAUGCAAAGCAGAGUCACCAAACAAACAGAAAACUAUUUCAGAAAUUAUUGAUGUUGGUGGAACUCCUGGCACUCCAAAUAGAAAGAGAAGAGCAGCAUUAGAACAAAGCAACAUUUUGAAGAAAAUUAAGAAGUUAUAAAAUGUAGAUAUUCAUAAUAUUUCUAUUUAAGCUGCAUAGUUUAAAAGUUUCAAGAUAAAUGAAUAUGCGUAAUGAAUAAAAAUGUGAAACUAUUCA